AAAAAAAAAAAAUCUGAAAAAAAACAAAAACAAAAGAUCCACCUGCUCAGACCUUCUGAGUCUUGGGUACAGCAUAGAAAACUCAGACCUAGAAAUGAGAAUUUGGUUCUGCCUGGCCUUGAGAUAUUUGGUGAGCAAUUCCCCCAGCCCCAUCCUUGGUUACUUGCAUAGGCUGCUGACCCCUGGCACCUCUCUGUGGGCCUGGGAAAGUUUGGAGUGAGUUGAGUGCAGGGAAGUUCGCCCUCUGGUCCUCUGCAGAGGAACUGCAUCUCCAUGCCCAAUUCACACUCCACAGUUUAGGGACCCCUCCACGCUAAGUCCGUGACUGCAUCAAUCAGGAUUUCCACAGGCCACUUACCUGGGGUCUGAUUUUCACCAGGGAAAACUGAUUUUGGCAAAGAAAGGCAAAGACAAGACAUGCCUGGUUUCCCACUGGAAACUGGGCAUCCCUGUGGGGCUGAAGGAAAGACUCUCAAAGGCAGUGGUGUGCCUACCCCCUCCCCACCCCCCUGCCACUUCCUAGCAACCAAGGUCAAGCUGGGAAGCAGGAACUCAUCUUGAGGUGGGUGGGUUCACAUGUCCCAAGUUCAAGACUUGUCACACACCGGCCACGCAGGUGGCAAAGUGAGCCGUGGGCCAGGCUGACAUGGAGGAGGGGGUCUCUAAAUAAGUCAUCAUCCAAAGCUAAUCAACCCCUGGGCUUUGCUCCCUGACACCUGUCCUAGCACAUGGCUCCGCCUGACCUGAGGACCUCAAUGCCAUCCUCAUCUCUGCCCCUUUCUCUCAGAAGGAUGGCCGAAACCCAGGCGCAGGUGGCCCCCACACCAGCCACGCCCAUGGCAACUGCAGAGGACCUGUCCCUGCCUCCACCCUCAGCCCUGGGGCAUCUGCCACCGCCACCACCCAAGGAAUCCUUCUCCAAGUUCCACCAGCAGCGCCAAGCGAGUGAGCUCCGCCGCCUCUACAGACACAUCCAUCCAGAGCUCCGCAAGAACUUGGCCGAGGCUGUGGCCGAGGACCUGGCUGAGGUCCUGGGCUCCGAGGAGCCCACAGAGGGUGACGUCCAGUGCAUGCGCUGGAUCUUUGAGAACUGGCGGCUGGAUGCCAUUGGUGAUCGUGAGCAGCCAGCUGCCAAGGAACCUGUGCCAGGCAGUGAUGUCCAGGCAACCUCCCGCAAGUUUGAGGAAGGUUCCUUUGCCAAGAGCAUCGACCCCCAGCCAGCAGGACCCCGGCCAUCUGGAGGCGACGUUCGUGCUGCCUGCUGGCUGUUCGAGACAAAGCCGCUGGAUGAGCUGACAGGCCAGAUGGAGGCAGAGGCGACCGAGGGCCCAGGGAGGGAGCCUGCAGCCAGUGGAGACGUGCAAGGGACCAGGAUGCUCUUUGAGACUCGGCCACUGGACCGCCUGGGCUCCCGCCCCUCCAUGCAGGAGCAGAGCCCCCUGGAGCUGCGCUCAGAGAUCCAGGAGCUGAAAGGCGAUGUGAAGAAGACGGUGAAGCUGUUCCAGACUCAACCACUGUGCGCCAUUCAGGACGCAGAGGGCGCUAUCCACGAGGUCAAGGCGGCCUGCCGGGAAGAGAUCCAAAGCAAUGCGGUGAGGUCUGCGCGCUGGCUCUUUGAGACCCGCCCUCUGGACGAGUUCAACCAGGACCCCAGUCAGGUGCGGGUGAUCCGCGGGAUCUCCUUGGAGGAGGGGUCCCGGCCAGAUGUCAGCGCUACGCGUUGGAUCUUUGAGACGCAGCCCCUGGACGCCAUCCGGGAGAUACUGGUGGAUGAGAAGGACUUCCAGCCAUCCCCAGAUCUCGUCCCUCCUGGACCAGACGUUCAACAGCAGCGCCAUCUGUUUGAGACCCGUGCCCUGGACACUUUGAAGGGGGCGGAGGAGGCUGCAGCUGAGGCUCAGCCAAAGGAGGAGGUGGUCCCUGGCAACGUUCGCUCCACCCUGUGGCUGUUUGAGACCAAACCCCUGGACACUCUUGGAGCCCAAGUCCAAGUGGGUCACUUGCAGCGGGUGGGCCACCAGGAAGGUGAAGGGCUCACGUGUGCCAGCUCAUCAGCACUACCCAUCUCUCUGGGGGCCCCACAGAGGGACCGGGUGAAAGGGGAUGUGAAAACCUUCAAGAACCUUUUUGAGACCCUUCCCCUGGACAGUAUCGGGCAGGGGGAGGCUUCAGUCCCUGAGAAUGUGAACACAGCAGGAACCACUGAUUUUGCUGGGCAGUCCCAGGCAGCAGGCUCCCCAGUGUACGCUGUGCAGGACAGCAAGGGCCAGCUCCACGCCCUGACCUCGGUCAGCAGAGAGCAGGUGGUGGGAGGUGACGUGCAGGGCUACAGGUGGAUGUUUGAGACUCAACCCCUAGACCGGCUGGGUCGAAGCCGCAGUACCAUCGAUGUGGUACAGGGCAUCACUCGGCAGGAAGUGGUGGCUGGAGAUGUUAGCACUGCUCGGUGGCUAUUUGAGACCCAGCCCCUGCAGGUGAUCCACCAGCGGGAGCAGCAGGAACGAGGAGAGGAGGGAAAGAGUCGAGAAGGUCCCCAGCCUGAGGGCCCCCCAAAAGGCGAUGUACAGACCAUCCGGUGGUUGUUUGAGACAUGCCCAAUAAGCGAGCUGGCAGAGAAGCAGGACUCAGAAGUCACAGACCCCACAGCCAAGGCCGAGGAGCGAUCCUGCACCUGGAUGUUCAAGCCGCAGCCUCUUGACCAGGCAGAUGACUCCAGGGAGAAGCACUUGCAGGUCAGCCAGGUGCAGGCAGGGGAAAGACAGACAGAUGGGCAUAUCUUUGAGACAGAGCCCCUGCAGGCCUCGGGCCGGGCCUGUGGAAGAGGGCCUGUGAGAUACUGCAGCCGGGUGGAGAUCCCUUCCGGGAAGGUGUCACGGCAGAAGGAGGUUUUCCAGGCCCUGGAGGCCAGUAAGAGGGAACAGCAGGACUCCAGGAUAGCCCCUGGGCCCAUACCCACGGGCUCUGUGCACAAGUUCACCUGGCUCUUUGAGAACUGCCCCAUGGGCUCUCUGGCAGCUGAGAGCAUCCGAGGGGGUGACCUCCAAGAGGAGCAGCCCAGGAAGCCUUCUGGCAAUGGGACACCAGAAAAGCAGGAGACUGUAGCCGAGGGGACACUUCGGACUCUGCACGCCACACCUGGCAUCCUGCACCAUGGAGGCAUCCUCAUGGAGGCCCGAGGGCCCGGGGAGCUCUGCCUUGCCAAGUAUGCGCUCCCAGGCCCAGGGCAGGGGUGUCCCUACGUACAGAAAGAGGAGCUGGUGUCUGGUGAGCUACCCAGGAUUGUCCGCCAAGUGCUGCGCCGGCCAGAUGUGGACCAGCAGGGCCUGCUGGUGCAGGAGGAGCCAACUGGCCAGCUCCGGCUCCACCCACUGAGGCUGCCAGCUCCAGGCAACAGUGGGAGUAUUGAGGACAUGGAUCCUGAGCUCCAGCAGCUGCUAGCUUGUGGUCUCGGGACAUCUGUGGCGAGGACUGGGCUGGUGAUGCAGGAGACAGAACAGGGUCUAGUCUCUCUGACUGCCUACUCCCUACAGCCCCAGCUAACCAGCAGGGUCCCAGAAAGGAGCAGUGUGCAGCUACUGGCCAGCUGCAUAGACAAAGGAGACCUGAGUGGCCUGCACAGUCUUCGCUGGGAGCCACCAGAUGACCCCAGUCCAGGGCCAGCGAAUGAAGGGACCCAGAGGCUUCUCCCAACUGAGAGCAUCAUCCAUGUUCCCCCACUGGACCCCAGCUUGGGGAUGGGACAUCUGAGAGGCCCAGGGGCCACCUCCUGCCCACCUCAGGCCAUUGCAAAGGCAGUCUCUCUGUGUGGGCAGGCUGCAGCCCCAGUCCCACUGCAGGACACAAAAGAGCAAGAGGACAGCAGUCACACUGGGCAGAAAAGGACAGCAGCCUUGGGAAGGUCCGAAGGUGCCAUGGCCCCUACAGAGUCCAGGGCCCCAGACCUCCAGGCAGCCUUGCAGAGUCUGCGGAUGGCAACAGCUGAAGCCCAAAGCCUGCACCAGCAAGUUCUGAGCAGGCACAAGCAGGGCUCCACUCCUGCAGCCACAGCUGUGCCCGUCCAGGAUGGCCUGCAAGCACCAGCCCCUGCUGUAGCAGUUACCCAGAGGUCUAUGGCUGGAGGAGACUCCAGGACCCCAGCAGCCCCCAGAAAGCUGCUGUGACAGGACCUGACCUCCCAGCCCAAGGCCAACAUGAUGAAGACUCCGUCCAGCAGGCCUCCAAGCCCCUCCAGGAACC